AUGGACUUGCCUCGUGGGAGGGCUAUAGACGCCGGCUGCUACUUGCGAUACGAUUCCAAACCCUUUUUUCCAGGCAAUGCGACUAUCGAUUUGGAACCUUUCUUACACACAGGGAAGAAGAAGGUGAGUUCUACAGUGUGGGUAAUAAUUGGUGUUGUGGGAGGGGUAUUCAUACUUGGCCUCAUAACUUGUCUCCUUGUUUUCCGGAAGCGGAUAACGAGGACAGGGCAGAAACAAGUGGAUACUGAAGAAGAAGCAACAGAACUUCAAGGGCCAGGAGAUUUUGAUUUCGAGAUACUGAAAAAGGCAACUAACAAUUUUGAUCAAGCAAAUAAGCUUGGAGAAGGAGGGUUUGGUGAAGUAUUCAAGGGUACGUUGAAAAAUGGUAAAGAUGUGGCAGUAAAGAAGCUGAUAUUAGGUCAAUCUGCACGGGCAGUAUCUGAAUUCGAACGCGAAGUGAAACUUAUUUCCAAUGUUCAUCACAAAAAUCUUGUGCGUUUACUUGGUUGUUGCAGACAAGGCCAAGAAAGACUCCUGGUUUAUGUGUACAUGCCCAACAGCAGCCUCGACAGAAAAUUAUUUGGAGAACAAAGAAAUCCUUUGAGUUGGAAGGAAAGGUUCAAAAUUAUUCUGGGCACUGCUCGUGGUCUGGCCUAUCUUCAUGAGGAAUUCCAUGUCCGUAUCAUCCAUCGUGAUAUUAAAUCAAGCAAUAUAUUACUUGACCAAAAUUUUGAGGCAAAAUUAGCAGAUUUUGGGCUGGCAAGACUUCUCCCAAAUGAUAAAAGUCAUGUUAGCACAAAAUUAGCAGGAACCUUAGCAUACACGGCUCCAGAAUAUGCUGGCCAUGGGCAACUAACAGAGAAAGCUGACACCUAUAGCUUUGGUGUGGUGGUUCUUGAAAUUGUCUGGAGCCUAUAUGAAGAAAACAAGGUUUUAAAGAUGGUGGAAAGUCAAGAAAGAAUGGAAGGGUAUAGCGAUGAAGAGGUGGUGAGGGUGAUAAACCUUGCACUUCUAUGCAUACAAGGUGCUGCCUCUCAUAGACCAUCCAUGUCCGAGGUUGUGACAUUACUGUUGAGUAAAGCUGAGAUUGAUUUUCAGAAACCUCUGCAGCCAGCAUUCAUAGAUGUGGUGUACAAAGUACGUGGAGAAAGUACCACUCUUACCACAUCUUCAUCUCAAUCAAAUGCCAUGGUUACAGAAUCCCUCGAUGCUCGUUAG